AGAGCUUAUUGGAAUUAUAAUACAUAUAAAAAUCUAAAGCCUAUUUUCCUAUAUUCUUCUGAAAGUCAUUUUGUUAUUGUUAGCGUGAAGAGGCAGCAGCGGCAGAGGCAGCAGCAGCUGAACCAGAAGGCAAAAGGGAAAGCGGAGAAAAGAUCUGAUUUUUGUACGAUGGCUUCCAAACGGAUCUUGAAGGAGCUAAAGGAUUUGCAGAAAGAUCCUCCAACGUCGUGCAGCGCAGGACCUGUUGGCGAGGACAUGUUUCACUGGCAAGCAACAAUUAUGGGUCCACAGGAUAGUCCUUAUGCAGGAGGGGUGUUUUUAGUCACGAUCCAUUUCCCCCCAGAUUACCCAUUCAAACCUCCAAAGGUCGCAUUCAGGACGAAAGUUUUUCACCCCAAUAUUAACAGCAAUGGUAGCAUUUGCCUCGACAUAUUGAAAGAGCAGUGGAGCCCUGCCUUGACAAUUUCUAAGGUGUUGCUGUCAAUCUGUUCACUGUUGACUGAUCCAAACCCCGACGACCCCCUGGUGCCUGAAAUCGCACACAUGUACAAGACCGAUAGGGCCAAGUACGAGCAAACUGCCAGGAGCUGGACCCAGAAAUACGCAAUGGGUUAAGUGUGGUUCGCCCCCACGAAUUUGCUUAGAUUGCAUUAUGUAAAAAUGAUGUGCCUGUUCUAUCUGUUGUUGUUAUGACCACCAUGUAAGAAGAGCUUAAAACUCGGAUGCGAAGAUGGUUUGAAUUGUUCAUAUGGAAUGACUAUUGGGAAACUACCGGAUCAUGGUUAUCCAUGUUCCUUUAAUCGUAAUUAAGGGUGUGAGUUGAUAUAUGGUC